AUGCCGCCGGUCCGGCAUGGCUCCUUGGGCCUGAGUCCGCAAGAGCUCUUUGGGCAGUCAGACACGGGACGGCGCAGCAGCCGCAGCGCCGAGGCCGGGCCCUCGACGGCACGCACGCCGCUCGAUGCCGCAGUCGCGCAGCGCAUCUCGCUGGCGAGCCUGCGUGCAGAGACGCAGCAGCUGGCCAGCGAUGAGAUGCUUGCACGCGGCGUGCGCCACCGCUGGCUCACCUGGGCGCGCGAGGAGAAGGGCGCCAAGCCGCUGCAGGCCGUGCCGGACGAGGCCCUCGCGAAGGUCGACGAGCUCUACAAGCGUGUGCCGCCGGCCUUUCGCUUCCAGGAGCACCCUCUCGAGAUCAACCUCUUCACUGCACGCGAUCCACGGCACUUGGGCAACGUGCUGGCCAAGAGCACGGCCUCACAUAUGCUACGCACCGAUGCGCGACCGCCAUCACCUCGCCUGUCGCGAGACGUGGCAAUCCUCAGCAUCGUCGUCUACUCGCGCGAGGUGCUGACGCGCGGCGACAUCGCGACCGAGCCGCCCCUGGCCAAGCACGUCUUUCAUCCGGGCUUCUACCGCGCGCAGGUGAUCGACAUCCGCGCAGACCAGACGCUGCAGCAUCUCUGGGACGCCAUCAUCUGCCGCUCGCGCGAGCUGCCCGAGCGCAAUGCCGAUGGCUCCUUCAGUGGGCGCAAGCAGCGCUGCGACGUGGCGUUCGCAGUCGAGGGCGUGCUGUACGGCGAGGGCAGGACGCCGGGCGAGGACUAUGCGGCUCUUCUCGCCGAGGCCUUCAGUCCUGCCGCGCAUGAGGCAGACACGACGCAGCCGAGCUUGACCCUGGGCGAGGGCAAGCUCGCCGACGUGCGGCUUGAUGCGCUUCCGCUCAAGCCCGACAGUCUGCACCACAUCAUCCAUCACGGCAAUUGCGAGCAUGCUUGGCGGAUCGAAGGCAUUCGUGCGCCUCGCGACUCGGACUUCCCCAUCACGACAGAAGGCGGCGCCGGCGACAUCGACGUGGCGAUGCCCAUGACGACAUUCUUGGCGAUGGAGACGAUGCAUCGGCCCGUCGUGCGCUACGAGCGAGCCACGGCGCCGCCCGAGGCGUACUGCACAAGCAAGUGCGGCAUCUGCACUCGCCGGCCCAGCACGCUGCUGCUCAACACUGGGCAACCGAGGCGCAAGGAGCCGCUGCCGGCUGCAAGCGCCGAAGCCUCACAAGCGCCACAGCGCUCACUCGGCAAGCUGCGCAUCAGCAGCCUGCCACAGGUCGUGACGCCGCUCUGCCAUCAGUGCUGGAAGCUCAUCUGCCCGCUGGGUGCCGACGAAGAGGUGCCCGAGCCAGACCCGCUCGAGCGCGGGCCGCCGCUGCACGAUCACAGUGCCGAGCGCUGGGCCGGCGCACACGGCGAUGGCUGGGUCGUAGUUCCGGUGCUCGACUGA